AUGCCUGGUGCAGUGUGGAAGACCCAGCUCAGCCGCAUCGACCAAACGUACGCCCUUGGCCGAUGGACACAUGUGCCGAGCGAUGCUGAGCGUCCUCGUGCCUGUCACGGCACUGCGUUCCUCAAUGGGUACGUGUACUAUAUCGGGGGUUAUGACAGAGUGGAUUAUUUCAACAGCGUGCGCAGGUUUGACCCAGCAACACACACGUGGCACAAGGUGGCACCGAUGUACUUUCACCGCUGCUACGUAAGUGUGACUGUACUAAACGGGUGCAUAUAUACAAUUGGAGGCUACGAUGGGCACAAUCGACUCAACACUGCUGAGUACUACGAACCCCAGACCAAACAGUGGAAUUUAAUUGCCCCGAUGCACGAGCGGAGGUAUAAGGCCGGCUGCACAACAUUACACAACAAGGUGGAUCUAUAUAUUUGUGGUGGAUUCAACGGGCAAGAGUGCCUGGAAACUGCUGAAUGCUACAAUCCAGAGACCAAGCAGUGGACAUUGAUUCCACCCAUGAAUAGUCGACGUAGUGGAGUUGGGGUGGUUGCAUAUGGAGAUAAAGUCUAUGCAGUUGGGGGGUUUGAUGGUCACAACCGUCUCCAGUCUGCUGAGUGCUACAAUCCAAGAACCAACACUUGGAACAACGUUGCAUCCGUGAUAACUCCCCGCAGCAACUUUGGCAUAGAAGUCAUGGAAGACCUGCUCUUUUCUGUGGGGGGUUUCAAUAAUGUGGAGAACUACACCCGAGAAACAGAUGAGUGGCGCGAGGUCUGGGAUAUGGAUGUCUUCCGGAGCGCCCUGAGCUGCUGUGUUGUGUUCGGACUCCCCAAUAUGGCUGAUUAUGUUCCCCCUCGUGACACCCUGCCGCCGGUAACUUUCAAGGACAUUCGGAGUGACUUAGAGAACCCCUCCUGA